UUUCUCUCUCUCCCUUGCAGCCUCACUUCCAUUCGCCAUCCUGACCUUGGUGAAUUCCCCUUACAAAAGGAGCUUCUACUGUGAGGACACUUCCAUCCGUUAUCCGUAUAAGCCGGACACCAUUACGCAUGGGGUGAUGGCUGGCGUGACCAUUCCCUGCACCGUUUUUAUAAUUUCGAUCGGCGAGGCUUACCUGGUCUACACGGAGCGCUUGUACUCCCGUUCCCAGUUCAACAAUUACCUGGCCGCCCUCUACAAAGUGAUUGGGACCUUCCUGUUCGGCAGCGCUGUCAGCCAAUCGCUGACCGACUUGGCCAAGUACACGAUCGGCCGUCUGCGGCCCAAUUUCCUGGCGGUCUGCCAGCCAGACUGGACCAAAGUGAAUUGCUCGCUUUACCUCCAGGUGGAAGACGUAUGCCAGGGCAACCCCAGAAACAUCACGGAAUCCAGAUUGUCAUUCUAUUCUGGACAUUCUUCCUUUGCGAUGUACUGCAUGUUGUUUUUAGCGCUCUACAUUCAGGCCCGGCUGGUUGGCAGAUGGGCUCGGCUGCUGCGCCCGACUAUCCAGUUCUUCCUCCUCUGCUUCGCCAUCUACGUGGGCUACAGCCGAGUGUCGGACUACAAGCACCAUUGGAGUGAUGUGCUGGUUGGCCUUUUGCAGGGAGGACUCAUCGCUAUUCUUACGGUCCGCUACAUCUCCGACUUCUUCAAGGAGAGGCCCCAGUCACCGUGUGCCGAACAGGACCUCGGGCGUAAACCCAGCAUCCCCCUGCCACUAAGCGAGUCGGAGUGUAACCACUGCAACUAUCGGGUCCCUGUGUGAACGGGGCGAUUUUGAAUUGUUUUCAUUUCAGCAGCGAACACGUAAUCCGCAUCCCUCCUCCUCCGAUGCAUUUCUACUUUCCUUUUGAACUUGUCCAACGAAGAAGGGAAAACUGGGAGAUUUUUCCCCCCUCUUUCGUUCUUCUUUUUCGUUCGUUUUUUUAAACGCUUUUGUUUAUUUUUUUUAUCACACCCGAUGCUACUGCACAGCACAAACGCAACACAAGUUUGACACUUGGAAAAAGCCUGCCUCACCGCCACAUAAGCCGGGGCAGAAUCUGAAAAUGUUCAAAUCUUUUUGUCUCUUGUUGAAAGACUUCUGGACAAAUUCUUUUCCGCGUGGGGGGUAAAAAUCACACACCGGUGUGUAUAUUCCGCUCGAUGGCCGGCAUUUUAUCUGGACUUCGCUCUUGGCUUUGCAAAAGUUUGCAACUGUUUGCUUUGAAAAAGUUAGUGGGUGUCUCAUAAUCCCUCUCCCCAAAACUUUGGAAGGAUUCCCGAGGAAAGGCACCAAAAUUGGUGGUUUUUUAAACACCUUUUGAGUGUUUUUCUGACAUUUUCCUUUAAUUUAGUAGUUUUUAUAGGGGCCCAAUGGGCGAUCGAAAAGGGAUUUGUGUUUGAAUGCAGACAAACUGAAAUGACUUGUGGUUUGAAAUAUUUGCUCUGGGGUGUCCAAUCUUGGCAACAUUGAAGACCCGUGGACUUCAACUCCCAGAAUUCCCCAGCCAGCCAUGGAAUUUCCCCCCCCCCAGCCAGGAAUUCUGGGAGUUGGUCCACGGGUCUUCAAAGUUGCCAAGUUGAAUAUCCUAGAUUUUCUCCAUAAAAAGCAAAUUGUCACCCAGAUAAUAUCUUAAAAUUUAGUCUGGGUUGAGCGACCAUAAGAAGUACCAAUACUGGAUAUCAGCGACGUUUAUUAAACUGCUAAAAUGAGGCGAGGGAGUCCUAUCUCUCCGAUAUCAAAUUUUUGUACAGGUGGGUUUGUAUUUCCCGAUGGAUAAAAUCGAGCAAGAUUGAAUAAAAUUUAA